AUGCCACCCAAGAGAACCCAUGCCGAGAUGUCGGCUACAGGAAAUGAACCGCCUUCGCUUGAUACUUGUCCGCAAGGAAAGCAUCUGGUCGCUUUUGCACAACGAACGGAUAUACUCAUCAAGAUAUGUGUACACCCUACGAACGCCAGCCCCGGUUCCGUUUACGUGCCACGUGAGCUGCUACGUUCUGUCUAUCGCCCCGACCAUAGCGAAGAAUACCGUCGGUCCAAGUCUGGAGAAUUGGAAUUAUUGGUCCCCGGACUGUACUGUUCCGAGGUACUUGGUCUAUUCGUACAGUGGCUCUACGUUGGAAAGUACACCGAGCUGGGUGGUCUAGUCAUUGCAUUUAAUGAAUCCCCGAUUCCGAACCUGACCAUGUACAACACCGACAGGAAAGACACAAUGGAGUGGGCAGUCAAGGCUGCGAUACUGGCUUGGCUCUUGGGCGACAUGCUACAAAUACCCGGGUUUCAGAACUAUGCUAUGGAACGCCUCCUUGCCGCUCUUGCACGCAAGUCAAAGCAGCCACAACUCACAUUAGCCUUGUGUUUGUUUAUCCCGCGCGUAGAAGAAGAUGGAUUCUGCCCCGAGUUCUUUUACUGGGUUCAGGGCCUGUCUCAUCCUGAGUACAUGUUCGAGUUUGAAGAUAUGUUAUGGGAUUACUACUAUACCAAUGACAAGGAGGAGAAGGGGAAAGGUGAUGAGAAAGGUGAUGAGAAAGGUGAUGAGAAUGGUGAUGAGAAAGGUGAUGAGAAUGGUGAUGAGAAUGGUGGUGGUGAUGAGGAAGAGGAAGGUAUCGAGGAAGAUUAA